AAACGCCGGAUAUCCGGUUCCUUCGGGCGCUCAGGGAGCUGACGGAGAGGGCCGCCGCCCAGCAGUAGACGCUGUCUCAGCGAGCCGAGUCGCAGUUUCCGCGGUGUGUGAGUGAGCCCGGGCUCUGUCCCCUCUCCCGCCGCCGCCAUGGGCUGCACGUUGAGCGCCGAGGACAAGGCGGCGGUGGAGCGGAGCAAGAUGAUCGACCGCAACUUGCGGGAGGACGGGGAGAAAGCGGCCAAAGAAGUGAAGCUGCUGCUACUCGGUGCUGGAGAAUCUGGUAAAAGCACCAUCGUGAAACAGAUGAAAAUCAUUCAUGAGGAUGGCUAUUCGGAGGAAGAAUGUAAACAAUAUAAAGUAGUUGUCUACAGCAAUACCAUACAGUCCAUCAUUGCAAUCAUAAGAGCCAUGGGACGGCUAAAGAUUGACUUUGGGGAAGCUGCCAGAGCAGAUGAUGCCCGGCAAUUAUUUGUUUUGGCUGGCAGUGCUGAAGAAGGAGUCAUGACUCCAGAACUAGCAGGAGUGAUUAAACGGUUAUGGCGAGAUGGUGGGGUGCAAGCUUGCUUCAGCAGAUCCAGGGAGUAUCAGCUUAAUGAUUCUGCUUCAUAUUACCUAAAUGAUUUGGAUAGAAUAUCCCAAACCAACUACAUUCCAACGCAGCAAGAUGUCCUGCGGACCAGAGUGAAGACCACAGGCAUCGUGGAAACGCACUUCACCUUCAAAGACCUAUACUUCAAGAUGUUUGAUGUAGGUGGCCAGAGAUCAGAACGCAAAAAGUGGAUUCACUGUUUUGAGGGAGUGACAGCAAUUAUCUUCUGUGUGGCCCUCAGUGAUUAUGACCUUGUUCUGGCUGAGGAUGAGGAGAUGAACCGAAUGCAUGAAAGCAUGAAACUGUUUGACAGCAUUUGUAACAACAAAUGGUUUACAGACACUUCAAUCAUUCUCUUCCUCAACAAGAAAGAUCUUUUUGAGGAAAAAAUAAAGAGGAGUCCAUUAACUAUCUGUUAUCCAGAAUACACGGGUUCCAAUACAUAUGAAGAAGCAGCUGCUUAUAUUCAGUGCCAGUUUGAAGAUCUGAACAGAAGAAAAGACACCAAGGAGAUCUAUACUCACUUCACCUGUGCCACAGACACCAAGAAUGUGCAGUUUGUUUUUGAUGCUGUUACAGAUGUCAUCAUUAAAAACAACUUAAAGGAAUGUGGACUUUACUGAAGAGGGUUGGAGAUUAAUGAAAGUUAUUACAGUGUGGAGUGUUGAGACCAGACUUCUUUUGCUGUCUCAUUGGGCAGCUGCAAGCAUGAACGGGACCAGGGAAUGGCAGCAGCAUGCAGAAUCUUAGCACUCUUUAGCACAAUCUUCUGUAUUAGGGAACUCUUAAUUGACAUGAGAUGCUAAAGUCAGACAUUGGAAUUGGAACGACUGUAUAAAGUAUGAUUCGAUCAUCAAGACAUCACUUGGAUUUCAUAAUCUCAAAUGUUUAGGGCCGAUGUGAAGUUGAGGUGCUGCAUUCCAGAACUUUAAUAUGUAGCUUACUCUUUUUUUUCCUUCUUAACAAACCACCACCAGUUCAUUUUUAAAGUUUUUUUUUCAUCAAGAGAAUAAUGUUACUAAAUUUUAUUUCUUUGUUUGCAAGAGAAUCUUUAUUAAAACACAAUCUUAACUAUGCACAUGAUGUGACCAGAUCAUCUUGAAAAUACUCCUCUUAGUAGGAGCUCUUUGUUUUUAACUUUUGGUAUGGUCAGAACAUCGUAUUUCCGUAAUUACUUAAUUCUUUAUGGUUAUUGGGGCUAUGACUAUAGCUUUUUUGGAUGAAAUUUAUGUUACUCUCCUGCUCAAAGUACCAUCAUGGUUUUUAAGUGGUAAUUACAUUGGAGAGUUCUGUAAUAAGAUUCUCACUCUCUAACUUUUGUUUAAGUUUAUGGUUUAAGGUUAACCUGGUUUAUGCUGAUUACCAAAUUACUAGGUAAAUGCUGAUGUAGGAUGUAAAGUUAGUUUCUUGGAUACGGACACACCCAGGGCAGCUGUCAAUUAGAAAUGCAAAUUGCAAAAUUCCAAACAGAAACCGUGACUUUGCUGCUACAUAUCUACUAAAUUGACCACUUUGGUUCUUGCUUGUUUGUCUCAGUCAUAGGGAGUUCUGUAAAAGAUGCCCCUUGUUUUCCAUCUUCCAUGGCCUUUUCUGUUGGGAAACAUCUAAAGUGUAUUAAUAGUGCAUGCUUUUACUUUGUAAAUGUGGUGCCAAAUCCCUGUUUGCCAUUGUUUUUAUUGUAGCAAUGUUAAUUGUAGUAAUCCUUAGUCAGUACCUUCUUUUGCCGAAACUCCUGCAUUUUGGGACUUUUUCCACUAUGUUGUAUGUACAGAUUUUAAUCUGUUAUAGUUGGCAGCAGUAUUAAAAUGGUGAGUAAAGAGUC